AACAAGAUGGCUGUCCUGGGGCAAGAAAAGUAUCUUUCUUCUUCCACAGAAACACGGCAUUUUUAACGUGGAAGUCAGCGGCGUUUAAACAGCUUACACAGUUUUUUUAGGCAACAACUUUAAACACUUUGAGGGCAUCGCUUUUUAACGGAGGACGUCGUUUUUUUCCAGACGGAAAGUUUUCUAAACCGUUUGUCAAGAGUGAAAACUACAAACGGUGGCUGGGGAGCAGCGUACCGUUAUUUAAAUGUCUCCAAAGUGACUUUUACAUGUAGUUUAACGUUUUCCGUGUACAUUUUAGCGAGUUGUUUGGUAACUUUCCAAAAUCCUUUUGCUUUGUUUUUACGCGUUCAACGGUUGAGUAACUGAACCGAAUACCCGACAUGCUUCAGCCGUUAUAAACAUAACUGCUGCCCAACGUUCAACUUUAUUAGAUGCUUCACUCCGGAUAAAAAUUAGCAGCUAACUGGACCAUGAGCUCAUCCCGAGUCCGACCGCAGCAGCUGCCGCAGAGCCAGCCUGGCAGGUCGCCGCACAGACUCGACUCCAGCGAAGGGAUAGAGAUGGAGAACAUCCAACAUCAAGACCUCGGUCUCGGAGGAGUCAUAGGCACCCCGUCCCCGCCGUCCAGACAAGCGUGGAGUCGGGACAACCCGGGUUUUGAGCCCGAGGAUGAGAUUAUGGAAGCCGACUGGCCUCCAGCGAGUCCCGGGAGGAGGUCGGUGUCUACGGCUUCCAGCAGCAGCUGCAGCAGCGGCCUGGGCAGCUACACCGGCGCGGGCAGCAGCACCCACAUCCCCCGAGGAGGACUGUACCCGACCCCGACUGUGGAUGCCCGGCAGCAGGACAGACAUGACCACCGCAGCUGUAUGAAGCAGAUACUCCAAAAAAUCAGAAUUCUGUGGGGCACAGAGCUGAUGGAGGACAGUGACAGCAGUCGAGAGAGGUACUUAAGGAACGUACUGAGGGAGAUGAUGACAUAUAUCGCAUUCCUUAUCACCAUUUGUAUCUUGACCUAUGGGAUGGUGAGCGCCAAUAUGUACUACUAUACCAAAGUCAUGUCUCAGCUUUUCCUGGACACACCGCUGUCUGCCGGGGACACUGCCACUUUUAGAAGCCUCUCGACCAUGGAGGAUUUCUGGAAGUUCACAGAGGGACCUUUCCUCAAAGGCAUGUACUGGGAGGUGUGGUACAACAACAAGAGUCUGCCAGAGAACCAGAGUCUCAUCUACUAUGAGAACCUCCUCCUCGGAGUGCCGCGGCUCCGACAGGUCAAAGUACGCAACGAGUCCUGCUCCAUCCAUGAAGAUCUGAGAGACGAGGUUCAGGACUGCUACAACAUGUACACCCCGACCAAUGAGGACACGGCCUCCUUCGGACCCAAGAAUGGAACUGCGUGGGUGUAUACAGCAGAGAGCGAGAUGGGUGGGAGCGGUUAUUGGGGCCAGGUAUCUAAAUACGGAGGCGGAGGAUACUACCAAGACCUAUCUCGUACGAAAGAGGAGUCCGAAGCCCAGCUGCAGUUUCUCAAAGACCAUCUGUGGCUGGACAGAGGCACCAGAGCGGUGUUCCUCGACUUCUCUGUCUACAACGGAAACAUCAACCUUUUCUGCAUCGCCAGGUUGUUGGUGGAGUUCCCUGCCACUGGUGGAGUGGUGACCUCCUGGCAGUUCCAGACAGUGCGUCUGAUACGUUAUGUGUCCAGCUGGGACUACUUUGUGGGCCUGUGUGAGGUGGCUUUCUGUCUCUUCAUCCUCUACUACGUGGUGGAGGAGGUGUUGGAGAUCCGCAUCCACCGCCUGCAUUACUUCAAGAGCCUGUGGAACUGCCUGGAUGUUCUCAUAGUUGUGUUGAGUGUUGUUGCUAUUAUAAUGAACAUAACCAGAACAGCCAUGGUUAGCAACCUGCUAAAAGGCCUGUUGGAAAAUCACACUGCUCACCCCAGCUUUGAGCCUCUGGCCAACCUGCAGGUCCAGUUCAACAAUGUGGCUGCAGUCAUCGUCUUCUUUUCCUGGGUCAAGCUUUUUAAGUUCAUCAACUUCAACAAGACAAUGAGUCAGCUGUCCGGCACCAUGUCUCGCUGUGCCAAGGACCUUGUGGGAUUUGCCAUCAUGUUCUUCAUCAUCUUCCUGGCGUACGCUCAGCUCGCCUACUUGGUGUUUGGAACCCAAGUCAACGAUUUCAGCACCUUCCAGGCCAGCAUUUUUACUCAGUUCCGUAUCAUUCUGGGAGACUUUGAGUUCUCAGAAAUAGAGGAGGCGAAUCCAGUGCUCGGACCCAUCUACUUUACAACCUUUGUCUUCUUCAUUUUCUUCAUUCUCAUGAACAUGUUCCUGGCCAUCAUCAAUGACACGUACUCUGAGGUGAAAGCCGACAUGUCGCAGCAGAGGUCUGAGAUGGAAAUGACCGAUCUAAUUAAGAAGGGUUGUAACAAAGCUCUGAUGAAGUUAAGACUGAAGAAGACGGCAGUAGAUGACAUCUCCGACAGUUUGCGUCAGGCUGGCGGCAAACUGAACUUUGAUGAACUCCGCCAGGAUCUUAAAGGAAAGGGCCACACGGAUGCAGAGAUCCAGGCCAUCUUUGCCAAGUACGAUCACGACGGCGACCAGGAGCUGACGGAGCACGAACACCAGCAGAUGAGAGACGACCUGGAGAAAGAGAGAGAGGACUUGGAGCUUGAACGCAAUUCACUGACUCGACCCAGCAGCGGGCGGAGCUUCCCUCGUACCCAGGACGACUCGGAGGAAGACGAUGACGAGGAUAGCGGCCACAGCUCUCGACGUCGCGGCAGCAGCUCAGGGGGCGUCUCCUAUGAGGAGUUUCAAGUGCUGGUGAGACGUGUGGACAGGAUGGAGCACUCAAUCGGCAGCAUCGUGUCCAAGAUAGACGCUGUGAUCGUGAAGCUGGAGACCAUGGAGAGAGCGAAACUCAAAAGGAGAGAUGUGCUGGGCCGACUGCUGGACGGAGUCAUGGAGGAUGAGCGUGCAGGACGGGAAAUAGACGCUCAGAUGGAGCGGCUGGUGAGGGAGGAGCUGGAGCGUUGGGAGUCUGAUGAUAUGGCCUCACAGGUCAGCCACCCACAGCCAGCCACUCCUGUCGGCCCACGGCCCCGCCCGUCCUCCUCCCUGUCCACCGACGGCCUCGACGCAAGCACAAACGGGAGCAGCCAUGUGUGAGGAGGACUUGGUGAAGAAUUUUCCACUCUGCCAAGAGACUCUCCUCCGGAAGUUUCCCUGCAGCGGUACGAGUAACUGAAGAUGUGGGACCAUUAUUGUAGAAGAAAAUACAGUUACAAAGGAGGUGACAAAAUCAAACGCACCUCACCUCAAAUACUUCAAUGCACUGAGAUUGAGCGAGG